AACAAAAUACUACCACAACAAAAAUAAUUCAAAAUCUUCACUCAUUCUCUAUACAAAUUAUGAAUAACCCACAGAAUAUGUGGCCAAUUCCACUUAACCAAUCUUUUCAUUCAAUUAAUCUUAUUCUUAAUUAUUUAGAUACACCACAUAAGAUUAAACGUAGCUUAAAUAAUCUAG